GGCGGUGCCCGGGUUCGAGUCCCGCGUCGGCCCGCACCGCUCCGCUCCCGGCCGUUUCGCCGGGCCCCGCUGGCCGCGGAGAUGGGCGACAUGGAGUCCUACAAGGUGAUGCUGAAUGGGCCGGCACCCUGGGGCUUCAGGCUGCAGGGAGGGAAGGAUUUCAGCAUGCCGCUCUCCAUCUCCAGGCUGACUCUAGGUGGGAAGGCAGCCCAGGCCGGUGUGGGAGUGGGCGACUGGGUGCUGUACAUCGACGGGGAGAGCACCAGUGCCAUGACACACAUCGAGGCCCAGAACAGGAUCCGCGCCUGCGGGGACAGGCUCUGCCUCACCUUGAGCAGAGCCCAGAACCAGCUGGGGAAGCCACAGAAGGACUCACUCCCCUGCUCUGAACCCCUGAAAUAUAACUUCGCUCCCAGCACCGCCCUCAACAAAACAGCUCGGCCCUUCGGGGCCGGCUCACCUCCGAACCCACGGCCCGGGCUGGUGACGAAACCCGUGACGUACGCGCCCCUGGUGCCCGCCUGCACCCCCCAGCACAACGGGAGUUGUGGGGUGGGGAGUAAGACAAGGUGUGGCGUCUGGUACUGGUGCGCUGUGGUUCUGUGCUGGUGGAGGUGGGGGACAGCCCCAGGAGAUCUGUCAGAUUUGACAGAUGACUCUGUCACUCACAGGCAGCCCCUGCAGCUGCUGGAGUCCCCCAGCACCCCUGUGUGUGACCCUGUGAAGCUGCGGAUGUUAGAGGACAUUGACGACUCAAAACCCCCCAGCUGGACCUCCCAGUCCCGUUCCUUCCGCAAACUGUCCCGGCUGGUGGGCGCAGACGGCAUGGAGGAUGGUGAGGACGAGCUUGUUAAAAAGCCCAGGGAUGCCCGUGGGUCCAGCUGGGGCACAGUGGAGCAGUGGCAGCCCCCACAACCUCUGGAGCCCCCCAGUACCCCUGGGUGUGAUCCUGGAAAGUUGAGGAUGUUAGAGGAUGCUGAGGACUGGCAGCCCCGCACUGGGACCUCCCAGUCCCGCUCGUUCCGCAAACUGGCCCAGCUGACGGGCACAGAUGGCAGUGAGUUCCCACAGGGCCUGGCACUGGCUGGGGAUAUGGGACUGUUUUGGGGUAACCAGAAGCUGGGAGAGGCAGUGGGGGGAACUAGACCAGACCUGGGGCACAAUAUCGUGUGGGGCUGUAGAAUGGCUGCGAGGCUGAUCAGGAGUGAACGCUGUCAGCAUUUCCACACAGCUCGUGUGUCUCUGGGGCUGUGGAUGCCUGUGGGAGGGAUGGGCUGGUCAAACACUGACUGUUGUGCCACCGUUCUUUCUGAUACCACAGGGAUGCCCGUGGGUCCAGCUGGGGCACGGGGCAACAUCGGUGAGUGCCAGGCUCUGGCAGAGGUGCUGGCAUGUGCCAGGGCAUCUUUGGGAGUGCUUCCCUGUUCCAGAGCAGGGUGCAAUCCUGGUGCUGAGCUCCUGCCCUCUGUCACUCACAGGCAGCCCCCACAGCUGCUGGAGCCCCCCAGUGACACUGUGUGUGACCCUGUGAAGCUGCGGAUGUUAGAGGACAUUGAUGACUCAAAACCCCACACCUGGACAUCCCAGUCCCGUUCCUUCCGCAAACUGGCCCGGCUGGUGGGCGCAAGCAGCAUGGAUGAUGGUGAGGAAGAGCCUGUUAAAAAGCCCAGGGAUUCUCAUGGGUCCAGCUGGGGCACAGUGGAGCAGCGGCAGCCUCUGGAGCCCCCCAGUACCCCUGGGUGUGAUCCUGGGAAGUUGAGGAUGUUAGAGGACGCUGAGGGCUGGCAGCCCCGCACCGGGACCUCCCAGUCCCGCUCCUUCCGCAAACUGGCCCAGCUGACGGGCACAGAUGGCAUGGAGGAUGGUGACGAUGAGAUUGUUAAAAAGCCCAGGGAUGCCCAUGGGUCCAGCUGGGGCACGGUGGAGCAGCGACAGCCCCCACAGCCUCUGGAGCCCCCCAGCACCCCCGGGUGCAACCCUGGGAAGCUGCGACUGAUAGAGGACGCUGAGGACUGGCAGCCCCGCACCGGGACCUCCCAGUCCCGCACCUUCCGCAAACUGGCCCAGCUGACGGGCACUGAUAGCAGCAUGGAGGAUCAUGAUGAUGUGUUUGUUAGGAAGCCCAGCCAGGUCUCCGUGCCGGACUCGUCCCCAGGAGCGACAGUGAAGACUGAGCCAGGGCUGGCCCCCAGGACCCCCAGUGCCACCCCCAGCCCCACCAGCCGCCCACCCUGGGCUGUGGACCCCUCGUUUGCCGAGCGCUAUGCCCCGGACAAGACGAGCACGGUGGUGAGCAAGCACAGCCAGCCGGCCACACCCACCCCCAUGCAGAACCGCAGCUCCAUCGUGCAGGCAGCCCAGCAAGCCCCAGAGGGGCCCGGCCGCACCCCACUCUGCUACAAGUGCAACAAGGUCAUCAGGGGACGGUACCUCGUGGCGCUGGGACAUUAUUACCACCCCGAGGAGUUCACCUGCUGCCAGUGCAGGAAGGUGCUGGAUGAGGGUGGCUUCUUUGAGGAGAAAGGCUCCAUCUUCUGCCCCAAGUGCUACGACACGCGCUAUGCGCCCACCUGCGCCAAGUGCAAGAAGAAGAUCACUGGGGAGGUGAUGCAUGCACUGAAGAUGACCUGGCACGUGCAGUGCUUCACCUGCAACGCCUGCAAAACUCCCAUCCGCAACCGAGCCUUCUACAUGGAGGAGGGACAGCCCUACUGCGAGAGAGACUAUGAGAAGAUGUUUGGCACCAAGUGUCGUGGCUGUGACUUCAAGAUCGAUGCUGGUGACCGGUUCCUGGAGGCGCUGGGGUUCAGCUGGCAUGACACUUGCUUUGUCUGUGCGAUCUGCCAGACUAACCUGGAAGGGAAGACAUUCUACUCCAAGAAGGACAAGCCACUGUGCAAGAGCCACGCUUUCUCCCACGUGUGAGGGGUGGGAAUUCAGCUGUGCCCACACAUGCCCCUGGCCCUGCAUGCUCCUCUCCCCCUGCCCUGCUCGCCCCAGGGAGCCAGGCUGGGCCCUUGGCCCUUUCCCUUGCUCCUGCUUCUUUCCUGGCAGCUCCUGGCUCAACUCCAGACAGAUACAGUGCUGGGUCCAAAGCCCCUUAUUAGCUGGGUGGCUUAUAUGCUUCUCACCUGGCUCUAGGAGCCCUGGGAAGGGGAUGCUGCAUGGAUCUCCUGCCCUUGAACCACGCAGCAUGGUGAGCACAGCCAUCCUGACGCUGGAAUUGGAGGGGGUCUGCCACAGCUGGGCUGCUCCUUUGCUGCCUGGCAGCUCAGUGCUGGGGCAGGGGUACUCCUUACACAUCCCUGAGUGGGUGAGGACCAGCUCCUGUCUCACUCUCCCCCCUUUCCCUGCUCCUGUGUGCUUGGGGCUGGAGAUCCAGCCCUGCUCCCCUGCUGGGGCCCUGCCCAUGACAACCCCUCAGCCACUCCUCAAACAGCUGCGGUGGCUUCCUGCCCCAGUUGCCUUCCAGGGGUGUCUGUGCCUCAUGCCCCCCACCCUGCUGCUGCCCUGGGGCUGGCAGCACCCCCAGCCCAGCGUGGCCCAGCUGUGGGCUGGCAGUGUCUGCUGAUGGCCAGCCCAGUCAGACAGCUCCUGCAAGGCUUGGGCACAGCUUCCUACCAAAGCACUCUCUGCUACUGCCAUCCUGGGGCCAUCGAUGCCUCCCCCAACCCACACCCUCCGGUCAGGCUGCACUGAUGUAGCCACGGGGCUUUUAGUGCCUUUAAUAAACACAUCUCUGCAAGUGC